ACCUGGGACCUCAAAUUCCUUGGAGAAAUACCGUCAUUUUCUUUUCUUUCCUUUUCUCUUGCUUUUUCUCAGUAACCAAUCAUGGGUUGAUAUUUUUCCCCAAAUUUUCGAAUAGUAGAGUUGGAUUUUCCAUUUUUUGUUGGGUUAAUUGAAUCCAAAUCCAAACUAAGCUAAAAACUGAUGUUUUUGAAUUGGUAUAUUUCGUUUUCCUUUUAUUUUCGUUCAUUUUUCCGGCAACCAAACGGAGGUUAAGAUUGUUUGUCUGAAGUUGAAUCAUCAAGAGGCAAAAAGCGCCAGAAUCCAAUGUCUGUAGUAACAGUAGCCGAAUCAAAAUCAAGAGGCGAUAUUCAGCACUCAUCAACUCCGUUGUGCAGACCAUGGGAUCGAGGAGAUCUAAUGCAGAGGUUAGCUACAUUCAAGUCAAUGACAUGGUUUGCCAAACCCGAGGUAGUAAGUGCUAUAAAUUGUGCAAGGAGAGGUUGGGUCAAUGUAGAUAUGGACAUCAUAGCAUGUGAAGCUUGUGGAGCACGUCUCCUUUUCUCUGCUCCAUCAUCUUGGACAAGGCAGCAAGUUGAGAAAGCUGCAUUAGUUUUUAGCUUAAAGCUGGACAAUGGACACAGACUACUUUGCCCCUGGAUUAACAAUGCCUGUGAUGAGGAGCUAGCACAGUUCCCCCCUGCAACAGUUCAAGAUUUAAUGGAUGGUUACAGAGAACGUGCUUCUGCACUUUUGAAACUUACAGCUCUUCCAAGUAUCUCCUCUGCAGCCGUUGGUUACAUGAGAAGCCCUCAGCUGGAACAUUUUCUUGGACAGUCAUCAAUGUUAGAAUGUGGCACCAUAUAUUCUAAUAUGCCUCAAACAGAAUACAUUGGCAGUCAACCUGAAGCAAUUUUCUAUUUUCAGGACUUGAAAUCGGGGAAGAUGAUUGGCAGUGCUGAACUGUGUUCCGGGCUCUACCUCCUUUCAUGUGGCCAAUUCUCAAACCAAGUCUCUCAAGCAAGUUGCGUACAGUCUCAGAGUAUGUCAGAGUCUUUCAAUUCUGUGUCAAAUUCUAAGGUCAAUAAAGAUAGUGAGAUUAUAAUGUUACACUAUCGCCUUGGUCAUCCUAGCUUUGUUUACCUUGCAAAAUUGUUUCCCAGAUUAUUUAUCAAUAAAAAUCCAGCAUCUUAUCACUGUGAAAUUUGUCAGUUUGCAAAGCAUACUCGAACAAUAUAUCCUCAAAUCCCAUACAAACCUUCGACUGUUUUCUCUCUAAUACAUAGUGAUGUGUGGGGUCCCUCCCGGAUAAAAAAUAUUUCUGGCACUCGAUGGUUUGUGACAUUCGUUGAUGAUCAUACUCGGGUAACAUGGGUUUUCCUUAUGAAAGAAAAGUCAGAGGUCGGGCACAUUUUUCAAACCUUCAAUCUUAUGGUUCAAAAUCAAUUCAAUUCCAAAAUACAAGUCCUCAAGUCAGAUAAUGCAAAGGAAUACUUUACUAGUAGUCUCAGUACUUAUCUUCAAAAUCAUGGCAUUAUCCACAUAAGUUCUUGCGUUGACACCCCACAACAAAAUGGGGUGGCCGAACGCAAGAAUAGACAUCUCUUGGAGGUUACCCGGUGCCUUAUGUUUUCCUCUAAUGUUCCAAACUAUUUCUGGGGGGAAGCUAUUCUCACAGCUACCUAUUUGAUUAACCGUAUGCCAUCCAGAGUGCUUACCUUUCAAUCCCCACGUCAACUUUUCUUAAAACAGUUUCCUCACACCCAUGCCGCCUCUUCUGAUUUACCACUCAAAGUAUUUGGUUGUACGGCAUUCGUUCAUGUGUAUUCUCAAAAUCGUAGCAAAUUUGCUCCUCGAGCAAAUAAGUGCAUUUUUCUAGGGUAUUCUCCAACCCAAAAAGGGUACAAAUGCUAUUCUCCAACCAACAAAAGAUUUUACACCACCAUGGACGUCUCUUUCUUUGAACAUGUCUUCUUCUAUCCCAAAUCUCAUGUUCAGGGGGAGAGCAUGAAUGAACAUCACGUUUGGGAGUCUUUUCUUGAGGGUGUACCUUCUUUUCACUCAGAGUCACCAAAUCCUUCUCAAUUCGCGCCCACUGAGUUGUCCACACCCAUGCCGCCAUCAGUUCAGCCAGCCCAGCACACAAAUGUUCCUUCUCCCGUGACCAUCCAGUCUCCCAUGCCUAUUCAACCUAUAGCCCCACAACUUGCUAAUGAGAACUUACAAGUUUACAUCAGGAGGAGGAAAAGACAGGAAUUAGAGCACGGAUCACAGUCAACAUGUGGCCAAUAUAUUGACUCCAAUUCAAGUCUUCCUGAAGAGAACAUAGGUGAGGAUAGGGCUGGAGAGGUGUUAAUUCCCAGCAUUGAUGAUUCUACUUUGCCAAUUGCAUUGAGGAAGGGUGUUAGGAGAUGUACAGAUCAUCCAAUUGGGAAUUAUGUUACGUAUGAAGGGUUAUCACCAUCUUAUAGAGCAUUUGCUACUUCUCUUGAUGAUACUCAGGUUCCCAACACAAUACAAGAGGCAUUAAAAAUUUCAGAAUGGAAGAAGGCAGUACAAGAUGAGAUUGAUGCACUUGAGAAGAAUGGGACGUGGACUAUCACAGAUUUGCCGGUUGGGAAAAGGCCUGUGGGGUGCAAGUGGAUUUUCACCAUAAAAUACAAAGCAGAUGGAUCAGUCGAAAGAUUCAAGGCUCGUUUGGUAGCUAGAGGGUUUACACAAUCCUAUGGGAUAGACUAUCAGGAGACUUUUGCUCCUGUUGCAAAACUGAACACUAUUAGGAUCCUUCUCUCAUUGGCUGUCAAUCAAGAUUGGUGCUUGCAACAACUGGACAUAAAAAAUGCGUUUCUAAAUGGGGACCUAGAAGAGGAAGUCUACAUGGAAAUACCACCUGGUUUCGAAGAAAGUAUGGCAAAGAAUCAGGUUUGCAAACUCCAAAAAUCAUUGUACGGCCUUAAACAAUCUCCUCGAGCCUGGUUUGAUAGAUUCACAAAAGCAGUCUUGAAGCUGGGCUACAAACAAGGUCAGGCUGAUCAUACUCUAUUUGUCAAGAAGUCUCAUGCCAGGAAAUUGGCCAUAUUGAUAGUCUAUGUCGAUGAUAUUAUUCUAUCUGGAAAUGAUAUGGGGGAGUUACAGAAUUUGAAGAAGUAUUUGUCAGAAGAGUUUGAAGUUAAAGACCUUGGAAAUUUGAAAUAUUUCCUUGGUAUGGAAGUGGCUAGAUCAAGGAAGGGAAUCGUAGUCUCUCAAAGAAAAUACAUACUCGAUCUUCUUAAGGAGACCGGUAUGCUUGGAUGCAAACCAAUUGAAACUCCUAUGGAUAGUCAGAAGAAACUUGGUAUCGAGAAAGAAAGUACACCGGUAGACAGGGGGAGAUAUCAGCGGCUUGUCGGGCGCUUGAUUUAUCUCUCACACACUCGGCCAGAUAUUGGCUUUGCAGUGAGUGCUGUAAGUCAAUUCAUGCACAGCCCCACUGAGGAACACAUGGAAGCAGUCUACAGGAUUCUUAGAUAUUUAAAAAUGACACCAGGGAAAGGCCUAUUCUUCAGAAAGACAGAGAACCGUGACACUGAAGUAUACUCAGAUGCGGAUUGGGCAGGAAACAUCAUUGACAGGCGGUCCACUUCCGGAUAUUGUUCUUUUGUCUGGGGAAAUCUUGUUACCUGGAGGAGUAAGAAGCAAUCAGUUGUAGCCAGAAGUAGUGCAGAAGCUGAGUACAGAGCUCUUGCACAGGGAAUCUGUGAAGGGAUUUGGAUAAAAAGGGUUCUUAGUGAACUGGGACAAACGAGUUCAUCUCCAAUUCUGAUGAUGUGUGAUAAUCAGGCAGCUAUAAGCAUAGCAAAGAACCCCGUGCAUCAUGACAGGACCAAGCAUGUUGAGAUUGACAGACACUUUAUCACAGAGAAGGUGACUAGUGAGACGGUCAAAUUAAACUAUGUUCCUACCAAGCACCAAACCGCAGACAUCCUCAUCAAAGCUUUACCUAGGCCUAACUUCGAAGACUUAACUUGCAAGCUGGGAUUAUAUGAUAUAUAUUCUCCAGCUUGAGGGGGAGUGUUGAAAUAAUGCCAAAGUUAGGACUUUAAUUUAGGAAUAAAAAAGGAGAGAUCAUUUAGGAUAUUUCCUUAUGAUUUAGUUUCCUAAUUUUAGGAGAGAAUUAAGCUAGAUUGAUUUUUUCUUAUUCAGUCAUUUGUGUAUAUAUAUGUGUAUGGUGUGUACCGAUUAAUAUCAAUAAAGGAGUUCAGAAA